AUGUGUAAGGGAACACACUGGGGCUUAGUUGUUUGUGACACAAGCUCGGCUACUGCUGUUGUCUACGAUUCAUAUGCACAUCAAUAUGAUUAUUCUGCCACUAUUUUUGAAAGCAGAGAGCCGAAGCUUCGAAGGGUUUGGAGUCAAAUAACUGACUCCCCUCUGCAGCAUCUGAGAAUAGCUGGGAAAGAUUUAGUCCACGAGCAGGAUGACUACUUCAGCUGCGGUGUCUUCAUCUGCAUCUAUGCUGAACGUCUUUCUAGGGGAGAGCAGACAAAAGCAGAAGAGGCUACAUCUUUUUUCCUUCAAAACGCUAGAAGAAAAAUAAGUCGCUGUUUGAGAGCUUGCUUUGCUGUUUCCGGUACCGUUAAUGCUGGCUCUGCGCCACUGCCUCGAAUAUAUGACAGCCAUUUACUACCAACGAGCUACACAUUAUUUUUCACUGAGCAAAGAGCCGAGGCGAUUGCAGAAGAAAUACGUGAAACCUUGACAACUGAAAACACUUCCCUCCACAAUGAAGUGUCGCAAAUAGCUCACCAACCAAAAAUUUUCACUUUGGAAGAGACUGUGUUUGUUCAGCGCAGUAUUUUCUGCGAGCUAAGUAAUGUUCAUGUGAUGAAGACUUGCUUGGAAGAACCAUUGCCAUCCGGAGCUUAUACAAAGAGCAUUCGAACCUCUUCGUUCAUAUUGGUUGUUUUCUAUAGAAAUCUGUUGUUCGGUUCGAUUUCUGCCGCGGUAUUUCAACACUUCCCAAGGAGACCACGUGCGACCGUUUUCGACUUCGUUUGCACACAUAUAGAAGCACCUAUACGAGCACAUCUUUUGAAGAUUGGCAAGUUGUUUGGAUUUGUGGGAGCAACUCUGCGCUCAAGCAAGGAUGACUGUUUCCACAAAACGGAUGCCGCUGUGACGGUCAGCUUUUGCGUAUCGAAAUACGUCAAAGGGGUUGAGGUUUCCGGCACUGACAUUACAUCCGCGAAUCUCGAAGAACAUCGCAAGCACAUGUUAACACUUUUGGAUUCAAUACCUUCUUCCUAUGCAAGUAGAGAUCUGGAAACACUAGCUGCUCAGAUGUAUCUUACACAGUGCAUAGCUAAAACACCUGGCGUAGCCUUCAUCAACACACUUCUGGAAGACAGCAUAUCUGACUCCUGUGCCAUCGCUGGUAGACAGUUUUCGAAGCCGAUGCAACUUGCCAUUUUAUAUAUCAACACCCUUGGGAUCCUGUGCGGCGCAGUCGUGAAGAAGUACUACGGAGAACAUGUUUGUAUCGUCUUCGAUUUUUCAUCCAUGUCUGCGUCCACGAUGACAGAUACGCCCCUUCAGUCUCUGACCACAAUCUACGGAUAUGACAACUGUGACUUUGUUGUUCCAUUCCACGGCACCUUUUUAUACCAAAGCGAAAUCCCUGCUGCAGUGAGCUACUAUAUCAUGUGCAUUCUCAAAAAAUUCACGAAAUCUCCCACGUUCUCCCUGGAUGCUAUCCGUUCACACGCUGCUUAUAUACAUGGCCUUGUGAGUACUCAACUUACCGAUGCACCUGAUAAUAAGCUCGUCCUGUCUACAACGUUCCCAACAGCUCUACAUCUGGGUCCUAUGAAUGUUAAAUGUCCGUAUUGCUCUGCUGUUUCAUUUCGAGGAGAGCCGAAGUUACUUUGCUGUAAUGGCGGCGUAAACAUUGUGCCCGAGCAUGUGUUGCCACAAAGAAGAGAUGGCAUACUGGAUUGGUUGUUUCUGGAGGUGCGCUCAAACGAAAAGCUCUAUUAUAUGUUUCGUGCUCUCAACAACCUUGUAGCUUUCGCUGGUUUGAGCAUAAAGAUGCGCCAGUUCAACGUGGGAAUCGGUCAGCUACCCUUAGUUGUUCAAGGAACAGUGGAUGUGGGUAUUUGUCAUUUGAAUCCGGAUUCAGACAUAGCAUCGUACGCUCAACUCUAUAUAUGUGAUGACUACAAGUGUAAACGCUCCAUUGAUGAGACCUUGUCUGAAUAUAAAAUGAAAAUAGAACACAAGCUUGUUGAAAGGAUACUUACCACGCUGCGAGAAAACAAUGUAAUCGCUAUGGCCUAUCAGUCAAUGUAUGAGGUCUACCUCGCUGAGGCUGAAGCUCUACGCAUUCGGGAUAACGAUAUCCUACCAAAAAUUCUGAUGAACCUGAAGCACAAGCGUGAGAUACCCGAUGUAUCGUCGAAUACACAUAAAGGAUGCUUGAACAUACCACAGAUCAACAACGAGGUUGCUGCAAUAUAUGUUUGUCGCAACGGUGUCUUUCCUUCAGAAGAAGAGCUUGAUAAAGGACUGCGGGUUUAUAGCAGAGGAGGUCGUUCCAUAGCUGCUCAUCACAACAAUAACAUCGACGCCAUGUCAUACCCUCUUUAUUUUCCCAAAGGUCAACAGAGUUUCGUACGAGAACGUUUGCCGAAGACACGAAAACGGCCCGCUACAGAUCAAACCAUUGUAUCGAAGGCACGAAAGCGGCCUGCUUUAGGCGAAUCUAUCGACAUUGACGACCCGGAUCCUGUAGGAGCACGUCUCCUUUCUGAUGACGAAGAUGAAGAUGACCAGGUGGAUUCUCAGCCUUCCAAAUUUCUUUCUCGUAGCGAUUUCUAUCGCUUUAUUCUUGCUCGCCGUGGUAACCUUCUUGAGCAUCGCUUUUAUGGUAGUGGCAAGUUGCUGUCUCAGUUCGUCAUUCACGUCUAUGCAAGAAUUGAAGCUGAUCUCCUUUCUGCUAUUGAGCGCCAUACUACGGAAAUAAGAAGUACCAAGGCUACAUCACUGUAUACUUUUUUGGACCAGCAGCUACAGGAAAAGGGAUUUAAGCUUGGGAAGCUUAUAAAUCUGCCUCGUUAUUUCGUUGGCAGUAACGGAUGGUUUGACCAACUUUACCAUAACGCUAUGGCCGUCGCACAGCGUGUAGGCAAACCAGAUCUCUUCAUCACGUUUACAGGCAACCACGAAUGGCCGGAGAUUCGUGAAAAUUUGGUGACUGAAUUUGAUUCUUGGAUCACCGACCCUCUUCUUUGCGCGCGGGUAUUCAGA